AACAAAACAGAACUAAUGCUAUUCACAGGCAGAAUCAAAAUACCUCAGUUUCAACUUCCGGUACUAAACGACACAACACUCACUCUAUCCCCAACAGCUAAAUACUUGGGGGUGGAGAUUGACACCAAACUCUCCUGGAAAAUAAAUAUAGAAAAAAGAAAAAACAAAGCAUACACGACCUACUAUACUUGUAAGAAAAUCGUCAACAAGAAUUGGGGCCUCAAACCAAGUAUAAUCAUGUGGAUGUACACGGCGGUCAUAAGACCCAUACUUACAUAUGGAGCUCUGGUAUGGUGGGCAGCGCUAAACAAACAAUACAUUAUUAGAAAAUUAAAUGGAAUACAAAGAGCAGCAUGUGCGGGUGUUACGGGCGCAAUCAGGUCUUGUCCGACUGAUUCGCUCAAUGUGAUCCUGCAUCAACUACCAAUGGACAUUUUUAUUCAAAAAACAGCAGCUAUUGCGGCGAUAAGAAUAAAAGAAUUGGGAGGUUGGAAUCAGCAGAACUACGGACAUAGUGUAAUCCUAAACAAGCUCACUAUUAAUAAAUCAGACUACAUUCUCCCAAAGCUGGAUUUCAAUAGACACUUCCAGGUGAGGAUACCAUCUAGACGAGAAUGGAGAAGAGGUUCAAUAGCAGAGGAGGAUACCACCUCAGUCUAUACCGACGGGUCCAAAAUGGACUGCGGAGUGGGCACGGGGGUAUUCUCCGCUGAUCUGGGCAUAUCUCUCUCUAUACAAAACCACGGGAAUAUACAUAAAGCAACUAUAUUUACGGAUAGCCAGGCGGCCCUCCUGGCACUGUCUUCACCCAUGACAAAUUCCAGUAUAGUUCACAACUGCAAGAGAGCACUAAGCUCAAUAAAAGACAAGCUCCAACUAAACUUGAUCUGGGUUCCCGGCCACAGGAACAUUUUCGGUAACGAAAAAGCAGAUGAGUUGGCAAAGGCAGGAGCUUUCCUCAACGAAUCCGAGGCGGAGCUAAUACCAAGCCCGCUAGGAUCGAUCAAAGGAGAGAUCAAUAGACAAUUUCAACAAGUUGCAAAUAACAGAUGGAAAAACAUUACAAAAUGCGUCAUAACUAAACAAUUAUGGCCAACAUAUGACAGGAAAAGAACCAACGACUUAUUAAAUAGGUCAAGAAAAAAUAUUUACAGAAUAACAGCUACCACAACGGGGCACUGGCCACUUGGGGAACAUGCGUCCAAAAUGGGUAUGCCCUACAACGACAUCUGCCGUGGCUGCGGAGUAGCAGGGAACAAGGAAACAAUCUUCCACUUUCUCUGCGAAUGCCCAGCUCUAGCACAGAUCCGACACAAAGCACUCGGAAUCCAGCAAGCACCAAACCUUGAAUGGAUUUCCACCAAAAGCAUAUCGGGCAUAAGUAGUUUCAUCGAAACCUCAAAAUGGUUUGAGAGAGAAGGUGAAACGUAAUAGCAGACACAGGAGGUUUCUACGAAUUAGUGUAUCAAAAUGGCACAUCAGUGCUAAUUGAGCCCGAUAGGGCUGCACUCCUACCUACCUACCUACCAUUAUUGCUUUACACUAUGAUC